GAGCACUCGCGGGCCGGGGCGGCUGGUUCGGCUGCGCGGAGGAGCUGAGGCGACCGCGGGCCCGAGCGCAGGGAGUGAAAACUUGUUGUUGGAACCUUGGGCUGGGGACAGCGGGGUCUCAGGCACAGGCCCUGGCACCCACCAUCCUGCUUCCUGUCUCUGUGGCUCUGACGACUCCAGGGACCUCCUGUGAGUGGAUUCCUGCAGUGUGUCCUUCUGGGUCUGCUCACUUCAUUGAGCACUGUGCCCUUGAGAAACACCAACACUGUAACAGGAUAUAGAGAGGCACUUCUGGGGAAACUAGUAAAGCUCUCUGGACGGUGGGGACCCACACCGAUGGCCUACGAUGUCAGCCACUAACAACAUAGCGCAGGCCCGGAAGCUGGUGGAGCAGCUGCGCGUCGAGGCCGGGAUCGAGCGCAUCAAGGUCUCCAAAGCCUCAUCGGAACUCAUGAAUUACUGUGAGCAGCACGCCAGGAACGACCCCUUGCUGGUUGGAGUCCCUGCGUCUGAGAAUCCAUUUAAGGACAAGAAACCUUGUAUCAUUCUAUAGUUUUGUUCUCUUGUGUGCUCUUCUCUCUCCCUCUCUGUCUCUUUGUCUCUCUCUCUCCCUUUUCUCCGUCUCUCCAGCAGAACAUCCUCCAAUUCUUAGUUCAAGAAAAACGUCUGAGUUCCCAAAACUUUGAAACGCAAAUUUUUCCCCUGCCUUGAUGGGGUAAAAAUUUAGACCCAGCAUCUUAACCCCUUACGAGCCUUGCCAGACCAGGGCUGGUGGCUUCACGACCACCUCCAGUAGAAAACACCGGUGAGGCCAAGCAAUGUGGUAACAAGUUUCCAAAACUCGGAAGUGCUGCUUGAAUGGCGGCCUCAGAGCCAGGAAGGAAAGGAGAGUCAGUUGAGCUGGCCCGGUGGCAGGCUG